UGAAGAGAGCUCUCCGGUUGUGUGACCAGUAAGCGGCUUUCCGUACUUCUUUAGCCUUGGUAUUUUCAUUAUAUCGUCACGUAAGUAUUUAGAUUGUCGUAGUCUUUUCAUUAUUUGCCGGGUAGAUGUAAUCUAUUUAAUUAUUAGAAAACAUAAAGCGUAUCGUGCGGCUAGCAAGGCCUUUGCGUUACGUAACUGCGAAUUUUAGUUCUUCAGUCCUGGCUUCGUUUAUCAGCGUGAUGCAGAUGGUUCGGCUGUUUCUAAUCUUCAGCCGCACCACAAGUAUACUAUAAAUGCGGAGUGGUUGCUUUAUUGCGCAAUUUAACGCUACAGAGUUGCCAUUUGCUGACACUGCAACACAUCCGAAUGAAUGUAAAUCUAUAGGACGUGAUCCUGCCGGCCAAAAUGGUGGGAAAUGCAUGGACUGGCACCGUGUUAAUGGCGAAGAAUGUACGGCAGGAGAGGUUGUACAACCGCCCAUAUUUCGUUUUAAUAAUAUAUCAAUAUAAUUUUCCAUUUUUGGGGGGGGGGGGGUUUAGGUAUAAUAGUGCAACAUGUCUGAGACAGAGCAGCAGUAUAUGGAAACAUCAGAAAAUGGCCAUGAAGUCGACGAUGAUUUUAACGGCGCCGACCACACUGAGGAGACGAACGACGAGAGCGCGGUGAAUGAAUGCAAGAAGGAGGAGGAGGGCGCAGGGCCCGAUGCCGACGGCAACUCGCAAAACGGUGGGACGGAGGGCGGCCAGAUCGACGCCAGCAAAGGCGAGGAGGAUGCAGGGAAAAUGUUUGUUGGUGGUCUCAGCUGGGAAACGAGCAAGAAGGAUCUUAAAGAUUACUUCACUAAAUUUGGUGAGGUGACAGACUGCACCAUAAAGAUGGACCAGCAGACAGGCCGGUCAAGAGGCUUUGGCUUCAUUCUCUUUAAAGAUGCAGCCAGUGUCGAAAAGGUUCUUGAACAGAAGGAGCAUAGGCUAGAUGGGCGAGUGAUCGACCCCAAGAAGGCCAUGGCCAUGAAGAAAGAUCCAGUCAAGAAAAUCUUUGUGGGAGGCCUUAACCCUGACACUUCUAAGGAGGUCAUUCAGGAGUACUUUGGGACCUUUGGAGAGGUUGAGACCAUUGAGCUACCACAAGAUCCAAAGACGGAAAAGAGGAGGGGAUUUGUAUUUAUCACAUAUAAAGAAGAGACUCCUGUCAAGAAGGUCAUGGAGAAGAAAUACCACAAUGUCGGUGGCAGCAAGUGUGAAAUUAAAAUAGCCCAACCCAAAGAGGUCUACGUGCAGCAGCAGUACGGUGCCCGUGGAUACGGAGGACGAGGCAGGGGCCGUGGAGGCCAGGGCCAGAACUGGAAUCAAGGUUACAACAACUACUGGAACCAGGGAUACAACCAGAACUAUGGCUACGGACAGCAAGGCUACGGAUAUGGCGGCUACGGCAACUAUGACUACUCUGCUGGUUAUUACGGCUAUGGGGGUGGCUACGAUUACAGUCUAAAGUAAAUAAGAAAAAGAGAUCCAUGGUCUGACCACAACCAACAUGGGCUCUGGCUUUUCCUUUGGAGUUGGCAGAAAUUUGGACUCAUGCUCCAUUUGUACAGAUCAAGUGAGGAACUGGGGAAGCAAAUGUCACUUUUCCACUUUUUAUUUUAUAUUGUUUUGUGUCCAUUUACAUUUCCAGUGAUGGAAGUGUUAUUUUUACUGUACUUUUUGGUACCUUUUUGAAUCUAAUGUAUUGUAUGGUUGUAUUUUUACAUGUCUACUGGAUUUACAGAAGAGAAGGAGCAAGAGCUUUUAAAGCUCACAAAUAAAACAAUUUUCUUUUCUUUUUUGGUGUUUCUAGAUCUUUAGUUAUUUUCUCCCGUGCUGAAUGUUGGAUGCAAGUUGCAUGGCUUCAGAUGUGGGGUGAGGCAAAAUAAGAGAUUUAAACUAAUCAAUGGGUUCAUUGUAAGCGUGUUAAGUGAAUGUUUGCAGACUGCCUAGUAGACGAAGACAACCAGCAUUUAUUUUUUUCAUUUAUUUUCUUUUUUUUCUUUUGGCUUUUAAUGAGAUUCUUCCCCCAUCAUGUCUGCAAUUUUAAGUGGCUUUACUAGUGUUAUUCAACUGAACGCAAGCCUGUUAAUGUAAGAGGGUACUCCCUCUCUCACUGGAAACUCAUUCCUCUAGUGUCUUGGGCAAAUUGAUAGAAAUAAACUUUUGGUUUAUAUUA